AUUCGACUAUAUAUCCACCCACAAAAAAGUCAUAUUGUAAUAGUAGCUCAUUAGCUCAUAUCAUCAACUCCUUACAUCCUUUGAAUCUUUCAUCAUUACAUUUUGGUCUUAUUGAGUUUUCCUUAUAAUUAUUUUUUAAGCUACAUAGAGUACCACGCACAUAUCGUUAAAACAUGUCUAUGUUAAGAAACAUAAUGUUCUCAAUAUUAUGGGUCCUCAUUAUGUUCCUUACGUUAGCACCAUUAUGUUUGGCUAACCUUCAUGAUGAUAACGUUACCUUAUAUGAUAUGAAGUAUAUGGAAGAAGAAUAUGGGCAUGACUUUCGGGCAUACCCUUCAUAUAUGAUUAGUCCCAUCAAUGGGGGCUGGCGAGGAAGUGAUAACAAGCUCCGGUUAAAAGGCUUGUCCUCAAGGAGUUUAGCUUCAGCUGCAACCAUCAAUGUCGAUGACUAUGGCGCUAGGGGCGAUGGGGAACGCGAUGAUACAGCGGCAUUUAAAAAAGCUUGGAAAUCAGCAUGUUCAUCUACUGCAAGAUCGGUUUCGUUUGAAGUUUCACAGGAUAAGAAGUAUCUUCUAAAACCAAUUUCAUUUUCAGGGCCAUGCAAAUCAGCUAUUACAUUUCAGAUCUAUGGAAGUAUUGAAGCAUCUGAUAAUCGGUCAGACUACAAAAAGCAUCAAAGGCAUUGGCUACAGUUUCAAAGUGUCCAAAAUUUGAUGGUGGAAGGUGGCGGAACACUUGAUGGAAAUGGGAAAAUAUGGUGGCAAAAUUCUUGUAAAAUCAACAAAGCUCUUCCAUGCAAAGAUGCUCCCACGGCUUUGACCUUUUACAAGUGCAAAAGGUUGACCGUGAAAGACCUUAAAAUCCAAAAUGCACAACAGAUACAUGUCUCCUUCGAGAAGUGCACAAACGUUCGAGUUUCCAACGUUGCCGUAGCCGCGCCGGAGACCAGCCCUAACACCGACGGCAUCCACGUAACCGGCACAAAAAACAUUAACUUGACUGGCUGCACCAUCCGAACCGGUGAUGAUUGCAUUUCGAUUGUUAGUGGCGCCCGAAACGUUGUUGCAACAAAUAUUGCUUGCGGACCCGGGCACGGAAUUAGCAUUGGAAGCUUAGGAGCGGGAAAUUCGAAAGCUUACGUAUCUAAUGUUAUUGUGAACGGCGCAAAGCUCUCUAGGACUACAAAUGGAGUCCGGAUCAAGACGUGGCAGGGAGGUUCGGGAAGUGCAAGCAACAUCAAGUUUAAGAACAUAAAGAUGUAUGAUGUGAAGAACCCAAUUAUCAUCGACCAAAACUAUUGUGACCAAAACAGGCCUUGCAAAGAUAAUAAGAGAUCAAAUGUUCAAGUGAAAAAUGUGGUAUACGAGAACAUAUCUGGAACAAGCGCAACAGAAAUGGCGAUUGACUUUGAUUGUGACAAGAGACAUUCUUGCCGAGGAAUAAUAUUGCGCAAUGUCAAUUUGAAAAGGGAAGGAGGUGGAGAAGCAAAGGCUACAUGUAGAAAUGUACGCUUCAGCAAUAACAUUGCAAAUGAUAAUGUCUCACCACAAUGCCAGCUUGGAGAAGAUUAAGAUAUAUGCAGUAUUUAUUAGUCAAAUAAUAUUGUGAUGUCAUUUUAGAAGUAUAUAUUUAGUGUACAUCCAUAAAUGCACUUGUGAACUAUGGUUGAUAGAUUGUAAUUAGAUAUACAUACCACUCUACACAUAUUGUAUGCGAAUGUGAUAUUUGUACAGUACAUAAUUUAUUUGAUUGCAUUUGAAUAAAAAAGAAGGUUACUUGAA